AUGGGAGAUGAUCCUGUCACUCGACCAACUGCAGCAGAAGCUCGUCAUGUUAUUGGUAGUAUUCGUGAGACAGACGAAUAUAAAGCAUGUCCUUCUAAGAGAAUGGCAAAGGGAAAGAUGGAUGGAAUAGCUGAUGUCACUCUUUGUGUCUAUUUGUCCAAAGAGAGAGUGUUUUCAGAGGACCGGUCAAUUUUUCAUGGUGCUGAGAUAAUACUAGCCAUCAAGUACCUUCACAAAAACAACAUUGUUUAUAGAGACUUGAAACUGAAGAAUGUGCUAUUAGACAGACAUGAACACAUCAAGCUUGCAGACUUUGGUCUUUGUAAAGAAGACAUCACGAAAGACACAACAACCAGCACCUUCUGUGGAACACCAGAAUAUCUAGCACCCGAGGUUUUAGAAGAAAGUGAUUACGGUCGAGCUUUUGACUGGUGGUGUGUGGGUGUGAUCAUGUAUGAGAUGAUUUGUGGUCGGCUGCCGUUUUAUAACAGAGACCACGAAGUGUUGUUUGAGCUCAUUCUGACUGAAGCAAUCAAGUUUCCUGAACGAGCGUCUUCUUUGUCAAGAUCUUUGCUAGCUGGACUGCUGGAGAAGGAUCCACGGAGAAGGCUAGAGAUGUAUUGGUCUUUGAAAGACUUCUAUUUACAGUCCAAUAUAGCAAGAGUCUUCACUUUGGUCAGAUUUGAAAAAAUCUUACGGUUUCUUCACGUGUCGAACCCCAAUACCGAGAUAGCACCCGGUCAGGAGGGUUAUGACAAGCUUGUCAAGGUCCAUGUCCUCAUUGAUGCUUUGAAGAAGUCCUUUAAAGUGGAGUAG